AUGGCUGAGGUACUCGAUAUUACGGCGGACGCUCCGGUGUCCGCUGACGACGGCACUUCUCCCACGCCACCUGAUGCGCCCUUGAAGGGUAAGAGUCGCCAGCGAAUUCUCCGUGGCAUACAGCGCAUUUCUUCUUCGCCGUCCCUUCCUGGACUCGGACGAUCUCGAUCCGUCAGCAACCCCUAUAGCAUUCGAUAUGGGUCCAUGUCUUGUGUCAGUCUAUCUACGGCCGGGGCAUCACAGGCGGCCCCUAGUGCUAGAUCUGCCACGCCGCAGCUCUCUGCUCUGAAUGUGGGAGUCACAUCACAUCCAGGAUCCCAAACCAAGGUCUUCAUAUUCGAGGAGGAAAAUGAUGAUGUCGAGGAGUUCCCGGCCAUUCGCAAGGCCAAUCAUGGAAUUUCCAUAACCUCACACGCUAUAUCCUCCCUACCCUCCGAAGUCAGAGGACGGACCAAGCCCGUGGAAAAGAGAGCUUUCAACUUUUGGGCUGGCAUACCCCACGAAGUCCGAAUCCACAUCUUUUCAUAUUUCCGACCCAAGGAAUUGGUACGGAUAUCUAGAGUCAGCAAAUCCUUCUACGGGUUUUGCUUUGACGGUCAGCUAUGGACAUCGAUUGAUGCCUCGGAAUUUUACCAGGAAAUUCCUGCUGCGUCACUGGCACGCAUCAUUGCCGCUGCUGGCCCCUUUGUCAAAGACUUGAACUUGAGAGGAUGUGUUCAGGUGGAGCACUACAAGCGAACCGAAGUCAUUGUCAAGUCGUGCAAGAAUCUUAUGAAUGCGACUCUCGAAGGCUGUCGGAAUUUCCAAAAGCACACUCUCCACAAUCUUCUAAGGAGCAAUGAAAAGCUAGUUCACCUGAAUUUGACGGGACUGGCGGCGGUGACAAACACGUCCUGCAAAAUCAUUGCAGAGUCGUGUCCUCAAUUGGAGAGCUUCAAUGUUUCAUGGUGUCAGAAGGUAGAGGCUCGUGGGAUCAAGACAAUCAUCGACGCAUGUACAAAAUUAAGGGACCUCCGUGCUGGCGAAGUGAAAGGGUUUGAUUGUCUCGCCACGGCAGAGUCAAUUUUCAACACAAAUCGACUAGAGAGGCUUGUUCUUAGCGGAUGCGCCGAGCUCAAUGAUGAGGCGUUGAAGAUUAUGAUGCAAGGGGUUGAUCCUGAAAUCGACAUCCUCACAGGCCACCCCGUGGUUCCUCCUCGGCGGCUUCGCCACUUAGAUCUGAGCCGCUGUAUCAGACUAACAAGCGCAGGUGUCAAGGCGAUUGGCCAUGUGGUGCCAGAUCUGGAAGGCUUGCAGCUUUCAGGAUGCAAGACAUUGACUGAUGCUGCGCUUGAGCCUAUCCUUGGCUCAACACCGAGGCUCACUCAUCUCGAACUGGAAGAUCUCGACGAGAUAACCAACUCUCUUCUCUCCGAGCAUCUUGCCAAGGCGCCUUGCGCUGGCAACUUGGAGCAUCUCUCUCUGAGCUACUGCGAAAAUAUUGGAGACUUGGGAAUGCUUCCGGUCAUGCAGAAGUGCGUACGGCUGAAGAGUGCCGACCUCGACAAUACGAGGAUCAGCGAUUUAGUUCUCGCCGAAGCCGCCUCGAUGGUUAUUAAGCGUUCCAAACCAGCCUCAGUAGGCGAGGUCCGUCCCAAAAUUACGCUACGUUUGGCAGUAUACGAUUGCCAAAAUGUUACCUGGACAGGCAUUCGAGAGAUCCUGUUUAGAAAUUCCCAGGUUCGACCAGCUACGGGACAGCCUGGCGGAAUCACCUACCCAACUGAGGCUAUUGGGCUGAAAUGCUUCUACGGCUUCCAGAUGACGGUCGAUGAGCACCAAAAGAGAGUUCUCCGGGGCGACCUUGUCGCUGCCGGUAGGCUGGAGAGGAAGUGGGCAGAUUACAUGCAGGCAAACGAAGAGGCCGGUGCGGGAGGAGCUGGAUAUCGGAGGCGCCGACGUCGAGCAAGGCAUGCCCAAGCUCUUCAUGCGGAUGAAGAGGAUGGAGGAAUUGUUGGCCGCCGCAGAGCAAGGACACUGGGAUCUUGCUCUGUAAUGUGA